AGCACACUGGCUCUGCCAGUCGCCGCCGCCUAGUUUGCGGGCAGCUGGACCCCUGUGAGUCUGCAGACACUAUGAGCCACUGAAAGGCGCGCUCAGAUGAACAGGACAUUCUUUCACCCACAUCCAUCAGACAUGGAGGCACAAAAACAGCUCCUGGUGAGCAAAUUGCUACUGGCCAUCAGAAAAACCACCACACCUCCAAAGUCACUCACAUCUUGCUACCCCAGAACAGAAACGCCACAGUUCACUUAAGACCGCCUAUCCCAAACUCCGACCACCCCCAAGUCUCCCACAACAUAAAAAACCAUACAAAUACGCCAUCACAUCUUACCGACACAUGCACCCUCAAGAGCGCUUAUGCAUUACUUGCUUCAGGCAAAGAUUAAUAACCUUCUUCAAACGACAGCCCCACUCGCAAAAGUUUAGAAAAAGGAGGAAAAUGCCGUUGGGCCUGAAGACAAAAUGACACCGGAGGAGACUCACCAAACCAAACAGGCCAAGGCCCACAGUAUUCUUUAAUUGCGUAUCAAGGCAAGUAUCCGUUCGGAGGAGGACCUAACUCGUCAUUAGACUAUACACGAGAAGUCACUUAUUUCCUCCCACAAAACGGCCGCCAGAAAUCUGAAAACGCUGGAAGUUACAGGAGAACAACUCGCCUUGUGCAUGCGCUCCUCAAGUUGCCGAUUGUCUCAACCCACAAACAAGGCCUCUUGUGGCAUUCAGAACUAAAGUCGUCACAUCUAAGUCUUAAUCAAACCGAUUUGACGUCCGUUAGCCCAGGCUUAAACAAGCUCUCUCAAAGUAUUAUUAAUCCCCAGCAACUUCAUCCAGGGUGAGCAGCAAGAUGUUAAGACGUGACC